AUGUGGCUCAAAGUUGCAUGCUUUGGGGCACGCCAGCAUGAGGCACUAGAUGAGCUGCAGUGCAUGCACACGGAUGUGGACAGUCUCAUUAGCGGCUCAGUCGAUGUUGAUCUCAGGAGGACCAACACAUCCUUUUUGUUAGCAGGACCGCCUCCGCAGCAUAACGUCCGUCUACACAUGGACCGCCAUCAUCUGCGGAUGCCGUUGACGAGGCCCUGGAGUUUGAUGAAAGCGAGCCGUGGCAGCGAGCAGAAUGCGUCAACACGCCUGGCAUUCCUGGUGGUCGACCGUGCUCGGAUGUUGCGCCGCUCAGGCCUACUCUGCUUGGCAGCGCCGCUAGUGGCGUCCAAGCUGGUGCAAGCUGCUGGCUCUUUCGGAUCCUCCAAAGACGUGUCCAAGCCAGCCGCUGCUCAAAGCGUUGUUGCUUUCCGUGGAAGUUGUUAUGAUGUCAUCUAUGACGAGAAGGGUGGACCGCAAGAUCUCGGUCGCCUCGUCGUGUGCCCCUAUGGCUCGCCAGCGACAGGUGACGUCGCUGAGUGCUUGGAUCAGGUGAACCGCAUAGCUGCCGAGCGAAUCAAGAAGGACAUCGUGGUCCUGCUGGAUUUCACCGAUUUCGUGUGGCCUUCGCCGAUAAUGGCAUACAGCUGCUUCUUUCCGAUCAUUCGGGAGCGAUUGCCAGCGGAGGAGCUCCGAGAGAAGACCCAGGCCUUUGCAAUCGUGCAGAAGGAGCGCUUCUGGAUUCGUCCUGUGGUGGAUGCUGUGCUCCUCAUGGCGCAGCCAGAGACAGCUCCAAUCUUUGCUCAGGACCGCCACGAGGCCUCCGAUCUCAUCUCAAAGCGCUUUGAGAGCCAUGCGGCAAAGUCUGUGCCAUUGAUGGUUUAG